AGCGAGUAUAAAAGCCUGAGCAGUGGCAGUCUUCGUCGGCUUCGGUGAAGCCCACUUGUGAGGAUAAACCUUGUCAUUUGCGAAAAAACCCGUUCAAGUUCAACAAUGGCAAAUACAUCGCAAGUGCAAAAGUUGUAUCGCUCCGUUGUUGAGGAUGUGAUCAACAAUGUGCGUGAAGCAUUCCUCGAUGAGGGCCUCGAUGACCAAGUUCUUCUAGAGUUGAAACAGAUAUGGGAGAGCAAAUUGAUGCAAUCAAAAGCUGUUGACGCCAUGCCCACUGAACAGGACCAAGUCCUACUCGGACAGUACAACGCCCUUCAGCAGCAACAGAAGUUACAACAAUCAAAACAGCCAAUGCAAAUGCCAGUCCAUGCCCAGCCAAGACCAGCGCAAGGUACAGUAUCGCGGAUGCCUUCUUUCACCUUACAGAACGUUAACCAACAAGGUGCGGUACAGAUGAUGUCCAAUUUUCCUGGUCGUAUUGAUAUGGGUGGAUAUGGUGCGAGUAGAUCAUACAGUGAUCGCAAUCGCAUGAAUCACCUCUACAAUCGCCAUAUGAUGCCCCCACAGCACCAGCACCACCACGUUAGCAAUGCCGCUGCCGCUGCAGCAGUUGCAUUACCUCCUGUUUAUCAACAGCAGUUUCCUGCCGGUAGCAUUACACUUCAACCAACAGACCAAGGCACGUUCAUUCUCCACCAAGCGCCAUCUGGCACACACCAAGCCAACAUGGUCGCCUCGAACACUCCGUUACAGACGAUACAAAUGGGCACUCCAAUCCAAGCGGGACAGAUGAAAACUAUACCUAUCAAGGGGGUCCCGACGACCCAAGGAAUUAUCCAAUUGGAUGGGGCCAAUGACACCAGUUCCGAGGAGGAUGACUUUGAAGAAGAUGACAAGGAUGAUGACGAUGAUGAACAGAAUGACGAAGAAAAUGAUGGCCAAGGAGAAGAAGAGGAACCCUUGAAUUCCGAUGAUGAUAUUAGUGAAGACAAUCCUGCCGACCUGUUCGAUACUGAUAACGUAGUGGUAUGCCAGUAUGAUAAAAUAAACAGAUGCAAAAAUAAGUGGAAGUUUCAUUUAAAAGACGGCAUUAUGAAUCUCCGGGGAAAAGAUUACGUGUUUCAGCGAGCGAAUGGGGAAGCGGAAUGGUGAAUCUGGCGUGAUUUCGACAGCCCGAGGGGAGAAUCAAUCACAGCUAUAAACAGACAUUGAUUAUUUAUUAUCAUGAAAGUCAGUUGUAUAUAUCAUGACAAUGGGCAAGAAAAUCAUUUCGAAGUUCAACUAACGCUAUUUCAAAGAAUUAUAGAUGUGCUUCUUGUUAUCAACUAGGUUGAACUUGGAAAUGUUUUUCCCGACCUAACAGAUGUCUAACUAUUUUAAUGUGAUCAAAAAUAUGUUAAGGAUUAAUCAGAAAAUAUCGUAUGUUGUGGAUUGUUAUUGAAAAGGAAAUGCGUAUGGGUGGUUUGGUUUCUCAUCUUACCACCAGGAGGACAGUUUCAGACGUUUUUUACUCAGGAUUUCUUUUGAAUGUUCACACGAAGGAGAAUCUUAUCGAAAUUUGAAUUUGGUAUCUGAUAUGUAUUUAAUUGUAAGUCAUGUUUGGAGGGAUUUGAACACUUGAAAAUCACAUUUUGCAUCUUUAGUCAUCAAAUUUCUGCAUUUUGGAUGUGAGGGAGUUUUAUCUGGGGGCUUUCAAUUACAUGCAUUUAGCCCUGAAAUGUUAACUCCUCACACAAUACCAGUUUGGAUAAAAUGACAGUAUUUUAAGGUUCAAAAAGGCUUCAGGUCAGGGAAUAGGGGGUUGGUAUAUCAAAAUUUGUUGUUACUUUUGUUGUAGUUUGGGUGGUUUUGACUUUAUAAUAAUUACGAGACUUGUACGUCGCAGACAUUAUCCCUGGAUAAUUAUCCCUGGAUGUACAUUUUCGUGUGUUCCACAGUGUGCUUACAUGUAUUUUCUUUUCAUAUUACUUUAUAAUUCAGUCAGUUACAUGUAUUAUAUAAUUAUGGUGACUUGUUGAUGUCUUCAAACAUAGCCCUUUGUUGAGGGCAGUAUGACUUUUUUCGCUGUCGAAGUGAGAAUUCUGCAGUGUCAGUGUUUAUACAAGUGGGGUAAAAAAAACUUUUAGACACCUUAUGUUCAGGCCACAAGCGCAGGGCUGCCUACCCUUGCACACUUGGAGGAAAUUUUACACAUUGUCAGUUACACUCCGACUCAAGGAGAAAGGUUGAAGAAAUUAUUCUAAAAUCAUCAGAAACCAGUGAAUUUUACUUUCUGUUGCUGAUUUACACUCUUUCCUUAGGUAGUUUUGUGUGGGACUCCUGAGGGUUGGGUUAAGAUAUGAGAAUUGUGAGAAUAGGGCUUACACUUCCAGCAUUAACUAUAUCCUACUGAAAAAAACAACCCGGGAAUUAUGAGAAUAGGGCUUACACUUUCAGCAUUAACUAUAUCCUACUGUAAAAUACAACCCGGGAAUCAUGAGAAUAGGGCUUACACUUUAACAUUAACUAUAUCCUACUGUAAAAUACAACCCGGGAAUCAUGAGAAUAGGGCUUACACUUUCAACAUUAACUUUAUCCUACUGUAAAAUACAACCCGGGAAUCAUGAGAAUGGGGGUUACACUUUCAACAUUAACUAUAUCCUACUGUAAAAUACAACCCGGGAAUCAUGAGAAUAGGGCUUACACUUUCAACAUUAACUAUAUCCUACUGUAAAAUACAACCCGGGAAUCAUGAGAAUAGGGCUUACACUUUCAACAUUAACUAUAUCCUACUGUAAAAUACAACUCGGAAAUCAUGAGAAUAGGGCUUACACUUUCAACAUUAACUAUAUCCUACUGUAAAAUACUUGUAAAUUGUGUAUUCAAUGGAUGUGUUGGUAUUGUUGAUUUGUCUUAUAUAUAUGUUACUGAGGAAAUUUAGUUAAGUUGGAAACGGUCGAUUUGAACAAAUACCUUGAUGCAAGUUGCAAGUUUAAAUUUUGUGUUUGAAACCCUGGUCGUGAAAGGAAAACACUUGCAAAAGGUUGACAUUUUACAGUAGUAGCCCCAUUUGGCUGAGCAUGGUAUUUUGUGACUGUCUCUUUAAAAAAUGUACUUUGUCUAUGUAAGUGUGAAUGACUUAGUCAUGCAAGUGGUAUAUUUUUGAAGAAGGAGACUUGCAUGAUGUGAGAUGAAGUUUCAACUGAAUAAAUCAAUUAUAAAUA